AUGAUUGGUGUCACCGGCUAUCCAGGUGUGGGCAAGUCCUCGUGGGUCAAUGCUGUGAGACGUGUCUCGUCUCCGAACGACCCAGAUUACGCAGAGAUCUGCGUGGAUGGUCCCACUAUGGAGCCAAUGAUGUACAAGUUUCCCGUGCAGACGCAGAAGCCAUGUGUGAUCUGGGACCUGCCCGGCGUAGGGACUGCUGGAUAUCCGCCAGAGAAGUAUCUGCAGAAGCUGGGAAUCCGGCACUUCGAUGUCGUAGUUCUCAUCACCGACCAGAGAUUUACAGAGGCCGAGCUCCUCCUUUUGGACGACCUCCGCCACUGGAACGUGCCGUUUUUCAUGGUGCGGAAUAAAAUUGAUCUGGAUGUUGAGAGGGAACUGGACGCCGAGCAGGACGUCUUGGACAACCGAGGAUUUGGAGACCAGAUAGAGGAUGACGAACGAAGGGAGAUUGUUCGCGACACCCUCAUCAACGUGAAGGAGGACUUGUCAAUCCUGCACCAUGUGGACAGUGUGUACUGCAUAUCCUCCAUCAAGCAGUUCUGGCAUUCGUGUGGCCCUUAA